UGUCAUCAGCCGGCGCGGGUGGUUUUGCUGUGUAAUAUUAGCAGGAGGCUCAGAUUCACCAAAACUUUCUACCUUUUUAAAACUCAUACAUCAAGAUUUCCUCCACCGAGCAGCAUGGAGUAUCUGAUCGGGAUACAGGGGAAGGAUUUCGUCCUCGUCGCCGCCGACAACGUGGCCGCCAGCAGCAUCAUUCAGAUGAAACACGACUAUGACAAGAUGUUCAAGCUGAGUGAGAAGAUCCUGAUGCUGUGUGUGGGAGAGGCUGGAGACACGGUCCAGUUUGCAGAAUACAUCCAGAAGAACGUCCAGCUCUACAAGAUGAGGAACGGUUAUGAACUCAGUCCAGCAGCAGCAGCAAACUUCACACGGAAGAACCUUGCAGAUUAUUUACGGAGCAGGACUCCCUACCACGUGAACCUGCUGCUGGCGGGCUACGACGACGCCGACGGCCCCGGCCUCUUCUACAUGGACUACCUGUCCUCGCUGGCCAAAGCGCCCUUCGCCGCCCACGGCUACGGAGCCUUCCUCACGCUCUCCAUCCUCGACAGAUACUACAAACCCGAUCUGACCCGGGAGGAGGCCGUGGAGCUGCUGAAGAAGUGUGUGGAGGAGCUGAACCGACGCUUCAUCCUGAACCUGCCCUCCUUCAGCGUCCGUUUGAUCGACAAGGACGGCAUCCAGGACAUGGAGAAGAUCACCCUGGGCACUAAGUGACGGCCCCUUCGCCCGCCAGCCUCUUUUAGUUCUCCUCUUUUGUAUCGUGACCUUCCUCCUCUUCCUGUUCCAAUAAAAAAGUGACACACAGUU